AUGCUUGUGCCCCCUAUAGGAAUUGAUUCUGGGUUGGCCCUGUGUCUGGUGAAUGGAGGACACUGGUGCCAGGGCCGGGUGGAGGUCCUGCACCGAGGCUCCUGGGACACCGUGUGUGAUGACAGCUGGGACACCAGCAAUGCCAAUGUGGUCUGCAGGCAGCUGGGCUGUGGCUGGGUCGUGUCUGCUGCAGGAAGUGCCCGGUUUGGCCAGGGCUCAGGACAGAUUUUUCCGGAUGAUGCGCGCUCCUUGGGACAUGAGUCCUAACUGUGGAGCUGCCCCAACAACAGCUGGUUCUCCCACAACUGUGGACACCAAGAAGAUGUGGGUGACAUUUGCUCAGAUGUUCUGCCCCUGUUCACACCCAGCCUAGACGUAUGGCCCAUCACAUCCACACCUGCACCGCCAAUGACAACGCCAGGAACUGAUUCCGGUUUGGCCCUGCGGCUGGUGAACGGCGGGCACCGGUGCCAGGGCCGGGUGGAGGUCCUGUACCGAGGCUCCUGGGGCACCGUGUGUGAUGACAGCUGGGACACCAGCGAUGCCAACGUGGUCUGCAGGCAGCUCAACUGUGGCCCAGCCCUGUCGGCCCCAGGAAGCACCCGGUUCGGCCAGGGCUCAGGACCGAUUGUUCUGGACGACGUGCGCUGCUCGGGAUACGAGUCCUACCUGUGGAGCUGCCCCCACAACGGCUGGCUCUCCCACAACUGUGGACACGGGGAGGAUGCGGGUGUCAUCUGCUCAGUUUCUGAGUCAGAUUUUCUCACAACACCUGGUCAUUGGAUCCAACCGAAUACAGAAAAUGGAACUGAUUCUGGGUUGGCCCUGUGUCUGGUGAAUGGAGGACACUGGUGUCAGGGCCGGGUGGAGGUCCUGCACCGAGGAUCCUGGGACACCGUGUGUGAUGACAGCUGGGACACCAGCAAUGCCAAUGUGGUCUGCAGGCAGCUGGGCUGUGGCUGGGCCGUGUCUGCUGCAGGAAGUGCCCGGUUUGGCCAGGGCUCAGAACAGAUUUUUCCAGAUGAUGCGCGCUGCUUGGGGCAUGAGUCCUAACUGUGGAGCUGCCCCAACAACAGCUGGUUCUCCCACAACUGUGGACACCAAGAAGAUGUGGGUGUCAUUUGCUCAGAUGUUCUGCCCCCGUCCACAAUAAACGGUGUCAAAGCAUUUUUCUCCCCUCUAGGAACUGAUUCCGGGUUGGCCCUGCGGCUGGUGAACGGCGGGCACCGGUGCCAGGGCCGGGUGGAGGUCCUGUACCGAGGCUCCUGGGGCACCGUGUGUGAUGACAGCUGGGACACCAGUGAUGCCAAUGUGGUCUGCAGGCAGCUGGGCUGUGGCUGGGCCAUAUCUGCCCCAGGAAAUGCCCGGUUUGGCCAGGGAUCAGGACAGAUUGUUCUGGAUGACGUGCGCUGUUCAGGACACGAGUCCUACCUGUGGAGCUGCCCCCACAACGGCUGGCUGUCCCACAACUGUAGACACCAGGAAGAUGCGGGUGUCAUCUGCUCAGGGACAGAAUCUGGGUUGGCCCUGCAACUGGUGAACGGAGGGCACCAGAGUCAGGGCCGGGUGGAGGUCCUGUACCGAGGCUCCUGGGGCACCGUGUGUGACAAUGACUGGGACAUCAGCGAUGCCAACAUGGUCUGCAGGCAGCUGGGCUGUGGCUGGGCCAUAUCUGCCCCAGGAAGUGCCUGAUUCGGCCAGGGCUUGGGACCGAUUGUUCUGGACAACGUGCUCUGCUCGGGACACGAGACCUACCUGUGGAGCUGCCCCCAAAACAGCUGGCUCUCCCACAACUCUGGACACCGUGAGGACACGGGUGUCAUCUGUCCCCCAGCCCAGGCCCGCCAAUCACCCAGAAACAGUUCUCAUAAUACUAUUACCCUCCCCCCCCACACACUCACAUUAUUGACAUCUUGCCUUAGUGUGCUCGUGGAAGGUUCUGGAAGGUGUUCCGGCCGCGUUGAGGUGUAUUUUGAAGGCACGUGGGGCACGGUGUGUGACGACCUGUGGAACGAGAGUGAAGCUCAGGUGGUGUGCCGCCAGCUGGGCUGUGGGCCGGCCGUCUCUGCCCCCGGAGAGGCCCGCUUUGGCCAGGGCUCGGGCCCCAUUCUGCUGGACGACGUGCGGUGUUCUGGGACAGAGGACUUUCUGGGCCAGUGCGCCCACGCUGGCUGGUUCACCCACAACUGUGGGCACUGGGAAGACGCUGGUGUCAUCUGCGCGGUGCACUAAGGAAAGCCCUCCCCUCUUCCUCCCACCCACCCAUUAGGCACUCUCAAAACAUCAGGUAACGCUUCCUCUCUGCUUCUUAGACUAGUGAAUGGGUCAGGGAGAUGUUCUGGACGUGUGGAGGUUUUCUACCACGGCCAGUGGGGCAGAGUUUGUGACGACCACUGGGACAGGAACGAAGCUGAUGUGGUGUGCCGGCAGCUGAGCUGUGGGCAGGCCCUGGCAGCCCCUGUUGAGGCCCAGUUUGGCGAAGGCUCAGGCGAGUUUCUGCUAGAUGAUCUGGACUGUACUGGAAGAGAGCGUUUUCUGGGACAGUGCCCUCAUGCAGGCUGGUUCCUCCAUAACUGUGGUCCUGGAGAAGAUGCUGGUAUUGUCUGCUCAGCUCUGCAGAGCAGGCGAGAACCUGGGCCACCCCCCACUCUCUCUCCUCUCUGUGCCUCCCCAGGGGCCUGGAUGGCCGUGAGGCUGCUGAACGGCACGGGGAGGUGCUCAGGCCGCGUGGAGGUUCUCGCCCAGGGCACGUGGGGGACCGUGUGUGACGACCUCUGGGACCUGGCCGAGGCCGCCGUCGUGUGCCGCCAGCUGCAGUGUGGCCAGGCCGUGGCCGCCCCCGGAGGGGCUCACUUCGGGGCUGGCUCCGGGAAGAUCCUGCUGGAAGACGUGCAAUGCAUGGGCAGCGAGAGCCACCUGGGGCAGUGCAAGCACGGGGACCAGGGAGGGCACAACUGUGGGCACCUGGAGGAUGCCAGCGUCAUCUGCACAGGGGCCUGGAUGGCCGUGAGGCUGCUGAACGGCACCAGGAGGUGCUCAGGCCGUGUGGAGAUUCUUGCCCAGGGCACGUGGGGGACCGUGUGUGAUGACCUCUGGGACCUGGCUGAGGCCGCCGUCGUGUGCCGCCAGCUGCAGUGUGGCCGGGCCGUGGCCGCCCCCGGAGGGGCUCACUUCGGGGCUGGCUCUGGGAAGAUCCUGCUGGACGACGUGCAGUGUGUGGGCAGUGAGAGCCACCUGGGGCAGUGCAAGCAUGGGGCCCGGGGCGGACACACCUGCGGGCACCUGGAGGACGCCAGCGUCAUCUGCACAGCGUUCUCCCGAGGCACCUACGAGCUGGUGCGUAGCAACUUCACAGGCUCAGGGAGGCUGCUGUGCGCUGCUGCCCAGAGCGGAGGCUGGGCCCCCAUGCGGCUGGUCGGAGGCCACGGGAGCUGUGCAGGCCGCGUGGAACUUUUCUACCAGGGCGUCUGGGGGACUGUGUGCGAUGACCUCUGGGACCUGCCACAAGCAAACAUCGUCUGCAAGCAGCUGGGGUGUGGCUGGGCCGUCUCAGCCCUGGGCGAGGCCCACUUUGGGGAAGGUUCUGGGAAAAUCCUCCUUGACAACGUGCACUGCAGGGGAGACGAGCAGCACCUGGAGCAGUGCUCCCACGUGGGCUGGUUUUCGCACAACUGCGGUCACAGUGAGGAUGCCAGCGUGAUCUGUUCAGACUUCUCCAUCCCAGAAUCCUCUCUCCCCUCAUCAAACUCCGAGGUCCUUGAAUGCCCUGCUCCCAGCCAGCUGUCAGUCAGAGAAUCUCUGUCUGCAGGGGACUGGCCAGAGCUGCAGCUGGUGGGAGGCUCGGGCCGAUGCUCAGGACGUGUGGAGGUCCUCCACCAAGGGGCCUGGGGCACUGUGUGUGAUGACCUGUGGGACCUGAAUGAAGCUGAGGUUGUGUGCCGUCAGCUCAGGUGUGGUCAGGCCAUGUCCGCCCUUGGGAAGGCACACUUUGGCCCAGGCUCAGGAGACAUCCUCCUGGACAACCUGCAGUGCUCUGGGGUGGAGCGCUACCUGGGCCAGUGCGCCCACUCGGGCUGGUCCGAGCACAACUGCGGCCACCACGAGGAUGCCGGCGUCAUCUGCUCAGAUGCUGAAGAAUCCAUUGUUAACAGUCCAGGGGACUGGCCAGAGCUGCGGCUGGUGGGAGGCUUGGGCCGAUGCUCGGGACGUGUGGAGGUCCUCCACCAAGGGGCCUGGGGCACUGUGUGUGAUGACCUGUGGGACCUGAAUGAAGCUGAGGUCGUGUGCCGCCAGCUCAGGUGUGGUCGGGCCAUGUCCGCCCUUGGAAAGGCACACUUUGGCCCAGGCUCAGGAGACAUCCUCCUGGACAACCUGCAGUGCUCUGGGGUGGAGCACUACCUGGGCCAGUGCGCCCACUCGGGCUGGUCCGAGCACAACUGUGGCCACCAUGAGGACGCCGGCGUCAUCUGCUCAGAUGCAGAAGACCUGCCUCCUCCCACACCUCCAGGUCUUUCUACAGCUUCUCAGGAGCAUACAACAGGAGAGAGUAACUCCUGUGGAGGGGUCAUUUCUAGUCUCUCUGGCUCAUUUUCUAGUCCACAGUAUCCGGAAAACUACCCAACAGACAUCCAAUGUGUUUGGGAGAUCCAUGUUGACAAAAAAAUCCGCAUAGAGCUCAUGAUUCCAAGUUUGAAACUAGAAGAUAUUCUUGGGUGCCCCUAUGACUCAGUUGAAAUCUUUGAUGGCCCCCGAAUUGCCUCGCUCUCCAUGGGGAAGUUCUGUGCCCCAGUAGCUGUGAUGUUUUUCUCAUCAUCAGACAUCAUGACAGUGGUGUUCCGAAGUGAUUCAAUAAUAACCAACACUGGAUUUUAUGCUCUGUUCAAUGCAAUUCCGCAGAGUGAAAAAGAGUCAGAUGGACCGGCACUGCGGCUGGUGGGUGGCUCAGGCCAGUGCUCAGGGUGCGUGGAGCUCCUCUACCAAGGGGCCUGGGGCACCGUGUGUGAUAACCUGUGGGACCUGAAUGAAGCCAAGGUCGUGUGCUGCCAGCUGGGGUGUGGACAGUCCAUCGCUGCCCCUGGGAAGGCCCACUUUGGUCCGGGCUCUGGAGACAUCCUUCUGGACAACAUUCAGUGUUCAGGAAGUGAGAACCACCUUGGCCAGUGCCCCAGCUCUGUCUGGUCGGACCACACCUGUGGCCACCACGAGGAUGCAGGCGUCAUCUGCUCAGGGGGAAGUAACAAUUGUGGUGGAGUAAUUUCCAGUCUCUCGGGCUCCUUCUCUAGUCCUUGGUAUCCAACGAACUACCCCACUGAUGUGGAGUGCGUCUGGGUGAUACACGUGGCUGAGAAGUUCCACAUAGAAUUGUCGAUCCCAAGCCUGAAGUUAGAGGACAUCUAUGGGUGUCCUUACGACUUUAUUGAAGUGUUUGAUGGACAGCAAGUUGCCUCACUCUCCAUGGGCAGAUUUUGUACUGGGGCAGAGCUCACGUUCCUCUCCUCCACCAACAUCUUGACCACAGUGUUCAGAAGUGACGCCAUGAUCACAAACACAGGGUUUUACGCUCUGUACAGCACCAUUCAGCAAGACCAAAAGGAGAGCGGUGUGUCCCUGCGGCUGGUGAAUGGCAGCCACAGGUGUGAGGGCCGGGUGGAAGUCUCCUACAAUGGCACCUGGGGCACCGUGUGUGAUGACAGCUGGGACCUGACUGAUGCCAGAGUGGUGUGCCAGCAGCUGGGCUGUGGUGAGGCCCUGUCGGCCCCAGCUCAGAGCUACUUUGACGGGGGCACGGGGCACAUCGUGCUGGAUGAUGUGCAGUGCAUGGGGACCGAAACCAAGGUGUGGCAGUGCACGCAUAACGGGUGGUUCUCCCACAACUGCGGGCACCAGGAGGACGCCAGCGUCAUCUGUUCAGAUGAAAAUUUCCAUUGUGGUGGUUUGCUCACAAAUAAUUCAGGCUCGUUCUCCAGCCCUUGGUAUCCUAAAAAAUACCCCACAAAUAUGGUAUGUGCCUGGGACAUACAAGUGGACAUCAGGGCACAUGUCAAACUUACAUUUGAAGUGGUGAAAAUGGAAAAUUUCUAUGGGUGUCCGUACGACUUCAUUGAAAUCUUCGACGGCCCACAAAGCGCAUCUUUUUCACUGGGGAGGUUCUGUUCCGGCACAACCCUGAUCUUCACUUCGUCCAUGAACCGCAUGACCGUGGUGUUCCACAGCGAUGCCAUCAUCACCAACAUCGGCUUCCAUGCAACCUAUGAGUCUCUUGUGCAGGACGAAAAUGAUACUGAUGUGGCCCUCAGGCUCGCCAACGGCAGCCACCGAUGCGAGGGCCGCGUGGAGCUGCGCUACAACGGCAGCUGGGGGACGGUGUGCGACGACGGCUGGGACCUGCGUGAUGCCCAGGUGGUGUGCAGGCAGCUGGACUGCGGCCGGGCCGUGGCGGCACUCGGCCGGGCCCACUUUGACCGAGGCCUGGGUCCCAUCGCCUUGGACGACGUGGAGUGCACGGGAGAUGAAGGACGGCUCUGGCAGUGCCUGCACGGCGGCUGGUUCUCCCACAACUGUGGCCACCACGAGGAUGCCGGCGUCAUCUGCUCAGGUCUGAGCCUGCGGCUGGUGAACGGGUCAAGCAGGUGUGAGGGCCGCGUGGAGGUCUCCCACGCCGACACCUGGGGCACCGUGUGCGAUGAUGACUGGUCCAUAGAGGAUGCCCACGUGGUCUGCAGGCAGCUCGGCUGUGGCCUGGCGGUGUCUGCCCUCCCGGGGGCCAGCUUCAGCCCGGGGUCUGGAAGCAUCCUUCUCGACGACGUCAACUGCACAGGAAGGGAAACUUCCCUGGACCGGUGUGCUCACAGCGGCUGGUUCACCCACAACUGUGGGCACCACGAAGAUGCUGGUGUCGUCUGCUCAGAUCUGCCCGUGGUGAGGCUGGCCGGCGGCAGGAGCAGGUGUGAAGGUCGUGUGGAGGUCAACCACAACGACACCUGGGGCACCGUGUGUGACGACCUCUGGGACCUGCCUGCCGCCCAGGUGGUGUGCCGGCAGCUGGGCUGCGGGGCGGCCCUGUCGGCCCCGAGGAGCGGUCUGUUUGGAGAUGGCUCAGGCCCGAUCUUCCUGGAUGACGUGAGGUGCACGGGCUCUGAGACCAGCCUUGGGCGGUGCCACCACCUCGGCCUGUCCAUCCACAACUGUGGGCACCAGGAGGACGCCGGGGCCGUCUGCUCAGAUCUGCCCGUCAUCAGACUGGUGGACGGAAAGAACCGGUGUGAAGGGCGCCUUGAGGUGCACCACAACGGGACGUGGGGGACGGUGUGUGAAGACCUCUGGGACAUCGGUGCUGCCCGUGUGGUCUGCCGGCAGCUGGGCUGUGGGGAGGCCGUCGGCGCCCCGGGGAACAGCCUCUUCGGAGAGGGUGUGGGGAGCAUCCUCCUGGAUGACGUGCAGUGCCUGGGCAAUGAGACCUCGCUGGGCCAGUGCCGGCACCCGGGCUUGUCCAUCCACAACUGUGGCCACCAUGAAGACGCCGGGGUCAUUUGCUCAGUUGAUGCAGAAAAGGUCCCUCUACCUGACCUGCCGCUGCGCCUGGCCGACGGGCGGAGCCGCUGCGAGGGGCGCGUGGAGGUCCGGCACCGGGGCGCGUGGGGCACGGUGUGCGACGACCGCUGGAACAUCAAGAACGCCCGCGUCGUCUGCCGGCUUCUGGGCUGCGGCCGCGCGCUCGGCGCCCCGGGACACGGCCGCUUCGGGCCGGGCGCGGGGCCCAUCCUGCUGGACGACGUGCGCUGCGCGGGCCACGAGGAGGCGCUGGAGCGCUGCGCCCACGCGGGCUGGGCGCGCCACAACUGCCGCCACGCCGAGGACGCGGGCGUGGUCUGCGCAGGUCCAGCUGACUCUGUUGUUCCCAAGGACAAUGCCCAGCUCUCCUGCUUGCCUCACCUCUUCCAAGCCGUCAUUGACCGGGGCUAUCUCCGGAGGCUGGGCUACUCCUCCUGGGACAUCCACUUAAAUGAUGACCUGUGUCGCCCCAGAGUCACGGGGCGCUACCUGAUCUUCAGCAUUCCCUAUGGCCACUGUGGCACGGUCCGGCAGGAGAGCCUCGGCUCCCUCAGCUACUCCAACUCCAUCAGAGACCGAAUGCGGGGCCACCCUGGGCGAGUCAUUGUGAGGCACAAGGUGCCCCAGCUGAAGUUCACCUGCAGAGUGGACGGCCCAGCAGUGGUUGAAGUCGUUCAGGAGGCCGACAGCCCAAGCACAGGGGCCCCCUACAAUGUGACCAUCUCGUUCCUGGAGUCGCCCGGGUCCCGGCAUGCGGGGAGCAUGGUGCCAUACCACGCCAGCCGGGGCAAGGAGGUCUUCCUCCAAGCCACGCUCCAGACCCCCAACCCCAGCCUGAUGCUCUUCGUGGACACCUGUGUGGUUUCUCCGGAUCCCCGUGAUUUUACAACUGUCAGGCACGAUUUGAUCCGGCAGGGGUGCAUCAAAGACGAUACCUAUGUCAGUCUCCACUCUUGCCUGAAGAACGUGGCCCAGUUCAAGUUCAACGCCUUCAGCUUUCUCGGCAGCUACGAUGUGGUCUAUCUGCAGUGUGCGAUCGCCGUGUGCAGAGUAGGCGACUCCUCCUCCCGCUGCUCCCAGGGCUGCUCAGGGCGGAGUAGGAGAGGCCCAGGCUCCGGGGAGGCCAGGGAAGAGCAGACAGAGCGUUUCCCAAAGGUGGGGCCGCUGGAGAUCCAUAGAGGAACUGGUCAGAGCAAGACUCCUGUGUGA